UAAAAAGUGAAGAAUGAAUAGCAAACUCUUGAUUGUUGAAUCAGUGUUAUUGUGUGUGAGUGUAAUUGCUUUGUUAAUUUUGAAAGAAUGGUAAGGGAAUGUUAAGAUUAUUAAAUUACUGUUUUCAUUAUCAAACAUUAGUAUAUUUUUAUUAGAAAUAAAGAAAAUAGGAGAUUCUAAUUGUAAGACUAUAUUAUUGAAAAUUAGAUGUAUUAAUAGCAAUUUCAAUGUUUUUGAUGAUGUUAUAUAGUUAUAAAGAGUUGAAACAGGAGAAGAAUGAAAUACCUUAAAUUUAGAUAUUGAAUACAUAACUAUCAGAGAGAAAUAAUAAAGUGGAUUAAGAAAUAGAAUUGCCAUAACAACUGCCAGUGAUUCAUUCUAUUCAUGAAAGUAAUUCAAGCAUGAAUAGAGAUUAGAAUCCACCAACAGCAGAUAUAAAAGAUAUAAAUAGACAAUAAAGUAAUAACUAAGGUGAGAAAACAGAUUAAUAAUAAACUAAGUAGGAAUAGGGAAUGAAUUAUUUAGGUGAUAAUAAAAGACCUUCUAUAUAAUAGAAGAAUAAUGGACCUGGAGUAUUGAUAACACGUUAAUAGAGCGUUGCUUAGAUUUAACGUAAGAGAUUUAGAUGUAUAGAUAGCUAAUUUGAAUGUGAUAAAAUUUUAGGAUGAUUUAGGGGAAAUCAAAUUCGGAAUACUUAAAACUCUAAAAUCAGUUGCAUAUGAUUAAUUAGGAAAGGAAGUUGAAUGUAUAUUUUAAACAGAUAGACCUUUUACAAAAUUAUUAUCAACAGUUGAAUAAACGAAUUAACCAAGAAUGCAAAUAUUAUAUGAAAGUUAGGUAGAGAACAACUAGUAUGUAAAUGAUACAUUAAGAGGAGCUAUGUAAUUAGAGGAUUUAGGAUAUGGAGAUAAAAAAAUAGAAAAGAAAAUUUCAUGGUAAAAAAUAAUAAAAGCAUUAAUUUUAAUUAUUAUUUUAAAACUAAAUUUUGUUAUAAUUGAUAAUUGGAAUUUGCAUUAAUUAAUCUUAAUUAUAUUAAUUUCAUAGAGACAAAUAUUUUAAUUUAAAAAAUUGAAUGCACAGUAAUUAGAAAUUAAAUGUGAGUUAAGAGAAAUGUUAAUAUGGAUUACAUUAAUAGUUUUACCAAUGAUGAGUGUUAUUUUAAUAAAUUUAAUUGAUAAUGGGAUUGGAUAAUGUAUAAUGUAAAUUAGUAAUUGGAUUAGUUUAAUAAUAACUUCUAAAUACAAUAAAAGCAGUUAAGAGUAAGAAUAGUAAUAAUAUUAGAUAUUUUUAUGGUUGUUUAAUGUUCAUUUUUGUAUUGACAAUAGUACUCUGUUUCAUUUGAAUGUGAUUUAUAUUACUCAUAUAAAUAAUUGUUUUUUUAAGUAAUUUAUUUUAUUUCUUAAAUUUAUAAUGAAUUAAUAGUAUUUAAGGAAAAAAUUGAAAAUACAAUCAAUAAAUGAUACUCCUUUAAUACCAAAGAUAAUGUCUACAAAAAUUGAGCAAUCAUAAUUUAUGGAAACAAAUAGAAAACGAUAUAUUAAAGCAUUUAGUCCAUAACGUUUUCAUUUGCCGCAAAUAAUUUAACCUUAAUUAACUUAGAUGACACCUUUACGUUAAAGAGGGAAAUCUGAAAGUGUUAGAGAACAUUCUUUGGGAUUCUUAGGUCCAAAUGAUUUUGUUCGUUUACUUUAAGCUGAUCAACAAUUAGGAUAAGAAUUUUGUUAUUUAAAUAAUUAUGGUAAUCCAUAUGAAUGGAAAGUUAUCAAUUAUGAGGAUAGAAAAAUGGAUUAUUUUAUGACAAUUAGUGGUAGAGGAAUUAUAAUUCAUCAUAGUAAUUUUGAAGAAUUCUUAUCUAUAAAACAAUUUGAGAAUGAUCGAAAAUUAUUUUAUAGAUUAUAGAAAAUUGAGUUCUUUAGAAAUUAUUUGAAAUAAAAAACAUUUGUAAGAUGGAAGAAAUUAAGUAUUAAGAAUAAAGCAUAAUCAAUAUCUAAAGAAUUAACAACGAGUUAUUUAUUAUUAGAUGCGUCACUUAAGAGACCAAUAGAAGAAAUUCAUAAAUAUACUUAAAGAAUAAAAGGAUUAGUAUUUUUUACUCCGACUUAAAUGAGUCCUGUAAAUCAAUAGAAAUUUAUAUAAAAAUUAAAAAAUUCUUUAUCUGAUUUCUAAUAGGAAUUAGCUAAAAAUAUAAAUUUAAUAUUAAAAAUAGUGGUGGAUGCAUGUUAAUAUUCAUUCAGUAUAUUUAAGGAAGAUUAAGGUUAUAGGUAGAAUUUAGAAUUGAUACGAAAUUCUUAAAUGGAACAAAAGCCUCUAAUAAUUGGUGUAUUUAUGCUCUUAUUAUAUAUAGGAUAAUUCUACAUAAUCAAUGUAAUUUACAAUGGAAUCUAAUUUGAGAUAGUUUUAAUAGAAACUAAUAAAAUUUGCUAGAUUGAUUGAUUACAUCUAAUUAGAGAGCAUGAUUACAUUAAUGUAUAAUUCUAUAGUCAAUUUCUUAAAAGUAAUAAAGAAUGCAAAUAAGUAACUUAAAGUUGGGUAAUAAUUAAUCAUUAAUUAAUAAUAGUACAACAUAAUUUAGUUGGAUAGUGGUUGAAAUAUAUUUAUAAGAGGGAUCAAUUGUAUUUGAACCGUCAUUGUAAGGUAUGUAAGAUAUUUUUGUUUAAACAAUUGAAAAAGCAAUAGAUAUUAUAGAGUAAGGUAUAUAAUCAACUCGUAAAUAAUAAGAAUUAUAAAAUUAUGGAAUAGGUUCAAGUUCAAAUGAUUUAAGAUAAGAUUUAAGAGAGUAUGGAAGAAAUAAUUUAAAAUAAUAUGAUUAUAUAGAAGAAUUAGGUGAAGAGUUGAAAUUUAGUUAUAAAUAAAUUGAACAUUAUAUGGUGAAGAUUUAAAUCUUAUUGGAUGAAUUUGCUAAAAGUUAAGAUUAAUUGUUAAAUUCGGAAGUUUUAAAAUAAUAAUUUUAAUUGAUUUUUGAAAUGCAAUCUGAAAUAGAAACAAUCGAAAAUAUAGUGGAUAUUGGAUUUUUAAGAUUGAAUAUCUAACUUUUUAAAUUGUAAAUGUAAACCUUUUUUAAAAAUAAGAUCUAAAUAAUCAAUUAAAAGGUUGAUUUAGAACUUAGAGGUAAAUGCACAAUAUUAUAUGAAACAAUUCAAGAUUGGCAUGAAAAAUUAAAAUUAAAACCAUAAACUUUGAAAUAAUAUGUAAUUCAUUAAGACAAUUAUUUAUUAAUUAAAUCUAAUUAUGAAUAUAUUGAUUAAUAAAUAGAAGAAAUGCAUGUAUAUAAUAGAAUUUAUAAUCAUGAAUAAUAAACAAUUCCUAUUAAAGAUGUUUGGGAUAAGAUUGUUACUUAAUAUCAAUAAUUUUAAUAUAGGUAUUAUGAUUUGUAAAAUUAAUAUGGAUUAAUUUAAGAUAAGUUUGAAAAAGAAUUUAGAAAAUUAACUCCAGGUUUUCAUUAGAAAGUAUUAUAAUUUUGUGAGUAAUUUGAAAAUAACAAAGAUAUCAAUGAUAUAAAUUCCAUAUCAUAAUUAUAAGGUUAAUUAAUUACAUUAGAAUUAGAAUAUGAGGAUUUAAAAUAAUAUGCUAAUUCUUUGUAAAUAGAAAAGUAUCAUAAUGAAUAAUUACACGAGAUUAAAAAUAAAUAUGUGCAAUUUAAAGAAUUAUAAAUAGAAAUUCAUAAGAUAAAGAAUUAAUAAUAAGAAUGGAUGAGAGAACAUUUCUUAGAUUUGAAUCUUUCAUUAAUAAAAACUACAUAUUCUAAUUUAUUACUUAAGAUAGAAAAUUGUAAAAUAUUUGGUUAAGGUCAAUUACCUUAGAUAAAGAUAGAAUUAGUUAACUAAUAAAAAUUAUAUAAUGUAAUUGAAAUAAUAAAACAGAUAAAAGAUUACGAUUAAAAUAUUGUAGCUUAAGUGUGUAAGAAAGAUAAAUAAUAGGAUAAGAAUUUAUUAUAAUUGAUAAUGUAAAUUUGUAAUAAUCCUGUACAUCCAUUGUUUACUACUCAAUAUUUAUAUUAAUUAGAUAUUAAUGAAUAAUAAGAUAAUUUAUAAUAAUUGUUGAUUAUUAUUUAAUAUGAGAAUUAAACAAUGAAUUAAUUAAUUAAAUUGGAAGAGUUUUGGAAAAAUCACAAAUUGAUGAUUCAAAAAGUAAAGGGAACAAAAGAUUAAUAUUUUAUAGCUAAUUUAAAUUAAUUAAGUGAAUAGUUAGAUGAAAAUAUUUUGAUAAUCAAUAAUAUUUUGGGUUAACCUAAUAUUGAUGAUCUUAGAAAACGAAUUGAUUUAUAAUUGUAAAACAUCUUUUAUUUGUAGGAUUAUAUUAAUUAAUUGAUUCUCUUAUAAGAUACAUAAAAUUAUUUAACUAAUGUAUUGUCUACUUAAAUAAAUUAAAAGAAUUAGAGUAAGGAAAUGAAAAUGUAUUAAUAAUAGGAAAAACAAUGGAAAUAUCUAAUAAGAUUAUUUUAAUAAUAAAAAAGUUUAGAAAUAUGGGUAAAGGAUGAAAAAGAAAAGAAGUUUUUGAAAUAGAUAUAAUAAGAGAAUUCAAAUUGUAAAAGUAUAAUUUAAUAAUUGAAUGAACAAUUUGAUAAGAAAAAGUAUUUAUUUCCUAGAUUUAAUUUUCUUACAAAUUCACAAUUUAAUAAGGUUGUUUCUGAAGUUAAACAUCCUGCUGCAAUGUAAUAAUAUUUAAGUUUAUUUUUUCAAAAUAUCUAUUAAUUUGAUUAUGAUUAAAACAAGGAAGCAGUUACAUCCUUAUAUUCUAAAGAAAAUGAUUAAAUUCCGGUAAAGUAUUGUCCAAUGAAAGGAGAGAUUGAAGAUUGGUUUAAAACUGUUGAAGAAGGAAUGAAAUAAGGAUUAAGAUAGAUUUUAAAGAAUGCAUUAAAACAUGCUGAUAAUUAUCAAUAGAUUAUGUAAUAUCCUAUUUAAAUAAUUUAUAUUUGUAUGACAAUAACAUAUACUAUGAUGUUAGAUGAUAUUCUUUAAAAUGAUGAAAAGGAUUGGAAUGAAUUAUUUGAAUUCAAAUUAUAUGAAAUAUAAGAAUAAAUAAAAUACUUACAUUCUGAGAAAUAAUCUGUCAAAUAAUAAUUAAGAUAGAUUGCUAUUAUUAUGAUUUUAAAUAAUUAAAAAUAUUCUAUUUAAGAGAUUAAUCUAUUUAAAAUGAAUAGUGAUAAGGAUUAUUUUUACAUUAAAUAACUUAAAUAUAUUUAUGAUGAUGAAAACAUUAUUGUAAACUUUUUGAAUAAUAAAAUUCAAUAUCAAUUCGAAUUUUUCGGUGAUUAAUUUAAUUAUCAUUCAUGGAAAUAGUCAGAAUAAUCUAUUUUAUUAAUGAAUCAAGCAUUUUAAAUUAAUCGAUUACCUCAUUUGAUUGGACAUUAUAGUAAAUAUUAUAUUAUAACUUAAUAUUCAUAAAUCUUAGGACGUUAUUAUAAAUAGAUUUAGAUAACUAAUAAUGAAUAUGAUUUUUAGUACUUAUUAUAAUGUAUAUAUGGAUCUAUUCAAUCUAAUUCAUUGCUCAUUCUAUCAGGAUUCUAAUUCAUAUAAUAAGAUGAUAGAUUAAUCUUAUAUACGAUAUUUAAUUAAAUUAGUAAUGCCUUAUAAUAGUAAUUACAGAUUUAAGAUUUGGAAGGAAGAUAAUUAAAAUUAUAAAAUAAACAUUUUUUAACUUUAAUAUCAGAAGUUCAUUAUCCAAUUUUAUCUUUUAAGAAUAUUCAUGUUUAUUAACCAGAUACCAUAAUAUUAUGGUAAGCACUUAUUUAAAUGUUAUACAAAUAAGAAACUUACGAGAUAUUACUAAAAUUAAUAUAAACACUAAUUACUGUCUUUGGUAGUGAUUUAUUUAAUUUUUCAAGAUUUAAUACAUUUAAUUAAGUAACUAAAACUCUGAAAACAAUAAAAUUGAAUGAUUUCUUUGAAGUGUUAUAGCAUCAUAUGGAUACUGAAGAUAGAACACUUUUUAAUUAAAUAGUUAAUGAAUAUUUUCCAAUCAGAGAUGCAAAUAGAUAUGAAAUGGAAUAAUUAAAUUCAUUAUUAAAUGAAAAUAAUUUAAUAUUAGUUUAUGGUUUACCUAAUAUUGGAAAAAGUAAAUUGAUUUAAGAAUUAUUUUAACUUAAAAUUGAAUAAGAAAAUACAAAUUAAAUUGAUAAUGCUUUGUUAUAAUCUACAAAAUAAAAUCAUAUUCUUUAUUUAGAAUUAGAUGCUUAUGAUGAUGAGGAUUUAUCUAAUAUUUUAUAAAAUUCUCAAUAGUUUAAUUAUUAUCACUAUAUACUAAAUUCUAAAUAGAAAUAAAUUUCAUUCAGAGAUGAGAUCUUUGUAUUUUUUAAUAGUUUAAUUUAUAAAAAUAGGAAUGUAAUUUUUGAAAGCAAUGAUCUUUCUACUCAAGAUCCAGCAUCUUUAGCAAAUUUUACAUUAUUUUAUUAUAAUACAAAUAUUUCGAAUCAUUAGUUUUUAAUUUAAGAAUUAAAAUAUAUAAAUAAUUUGGAUUUAUAAACUUUAUUAGCUCGUAAUCUAAUUAAUUAAAUUGAAUAAUAUUAUCGACUUUUAUAGAAUUUUCCAUAUUAAUUAUAAUAUGUAUUACAAUAAUCUGCAAAGAUAUUAAGUAUAUAUUAUAAUGAAUAGCAAUAUAGUAAGUUUACAUAAUUAGAUGUUGAUAAUAUAAGUACUUAUGCUAUAUAUAUAUUGUUUUGUUUAAUUUUAGAUGGAGAAAAUAAAUCUAGAGUAAUAAAUUAGAUAUAAAUGGUAAUAUAGGAAAGAAAACUAGAUUAAUUGUUUAAUUAGAAGUCUUCAUACAACAAUACAAUUUUACAAUAUUAUUUUAAUUAAUAAGAAUUAUAUGCAAUUUAAGAAUUGUAGAGUCAUAUACUCUUUUAUGGUGAGAUUUCUUGUAAUAAAAGCAUUUUAGCAUAAUUAAAAUCUUCAAGUGGAUUAUAUUUUAGUCGUUAAACAAAAUCAAUAGAAUUGUAAGAAUUCUUUGAUGAGAAAUUAAUGACAUAUAGAAAGGAUAAGCAACUUUGUUUAUCUCCUCCAUUUGGUUAAGUUAAGCACUUUAUAAUUGAAGAUGUAAAUGUAUCAAAUUAAUGUCGCUAUUUUAUAAAACAUUUAAAUGAAUGCAAUUAUAUGUUUGAUAAGAAAAGCAAUUACACAUAAAAAUUUAUUAGUAAUAUGUAUUUAUUAGGAACUUCAUAAGAAUAAACAAUAUAGAAAUAUAAUUAAUUUAAACAUUUUGUAUUUAUCAAUACAAAUAGAACUCCUUUAAUUGAAAAUAUUUAUACUCAAAUUAUAAUUAAUCUUACUAAAGAUAAAGUUAAAUAAUACCUUGAAUAAGGUUAUUUAAAUGAUGGUAUAUUGAAACUUAAGCAUAAAUUUAAAUAAUAAUGGCAUAAAUAAUGGUGUUAUCAUUAUUUAUUUGAUAAUAAUACUAUAUGGUAUAGAAUUUUACAACCUUUAAUUGUAAUAAAUGAACCUUAGCAAUUUAUAAAUUAAUUUUAUUUUAAUGUAAUGAGAAUAAUUGGUGGUAUGAUGGAUAUUGUUGAUAUAGACAAUUUAGAUAAAUUUAUUAAAGAAUUAUCUUUUGGUGAUUAUAUGAUAGAAAUUUCUAUUUAAUAAUAGAAAUAAAUAUUUGAUGAAAUAAAAAAGGAAAAUGUUUAAAAUUUAUUUUUGCAUGAAAGUCAUUUAUAGAAAAUUAUAUGUAUUAUGAGAGGAUGGUAAUAUGAUUAACACAUUUUAAUUUAAGGUAGGAUUGGAAGUGGUAGAAAUUCAUUUAUUAGAUUAGCUUCAUUUAUUAUGUAAUAUGAAUAAAAAUAUAAUGAUAUUGGAUUAAAUGAUCUUUUAUAAAAUUUGGAUCAAUAACAUCAUAUUAUUUAUGUUACUAAUAUAAAUGAAAAUGUAUAUUAAUUCAUUUCUUAUCCAAAUUAGUAUUGUUUUAAUAUAUAUUAAUAAUCUAAAGUUGAUUUUAUUUCAUAAUUACAUAUUUGUAUAUUGAUUGAAGAUAUGAAAGAAGUUAAUGAAUAUAAAAGAAUACUUUAUAAAACUUAAAUAAUAAGAUUAUUUGAUUGGCCAAAGAUCUUUUAAUAAGAUGUUGCCACUUAAAUUAUAAAUGAUAGAUCUAUUGAUAAUAAUCUUUUUUGCAAGAUCUUUGAAUAAUCUAAAGGAUUUAUUUAAUAAUUCCUUGAUUAACUUUAUGUCUUUUAAAAAUAAUAUUAAUAAUCCAAAUCAGAAAAUUAGAGACUUAUUAUUAUCUAUUAAAAAGUUCUUAAUAAAAUUGAAGAAGCUAACAAUGAAUUUGGUACAAUAACAAAUUAAUAUAAUAAAUACAAUUAGGAUCAUUAAGAAGUCAUUAAUUAAAUUAAUAUAAUAAAUAAUGAGACAUCUAAGGAUAAAUUAGAAUUGGCAGAUAUUAAUCAAUAAAUUAAUAAAAUAAAUGAAAAUAUCAAUAAAGGUGAAUAGAAAAUUCAUAAACAAUAGUAAUAAUUAAAUCAAUAGUUUUAAUAAUAUAAUAAAUAAAGAUUAUAACAUUAUCAUAUAAUCUAAGAAUUUCCCUUUUUAUAACCAUUAGUAAUGGAAUUAGUACAUUUAGUUGAUUUACCAUAAUUAGAAUAAUAUUAAAUAGAAUAAGUUACUUUAAAAUAUCCAUCAUCUUCUUAAUAAAUUUAAACAAUUUAUUAGAUUGCAAUCAAUAUUUGUGUUUAUUAAUAAACUUUAAUUCAAUUAUAAAACAAUCUUCAUAAUGAUAAAGUAGCAGUAGAAGAAAUGAAAAAUAAAUAACAAUUGCGUUCAAUGAUGAUUCAAUAGUAAGAAUAAUAAAUUAAUAUAUAUCAAUCUAAAUAACGAAUUCUUGCAGAUGAGUUAGAUAAAAUAACUAAAAUAUUUGAGGCAACGAGGAAAUGUUUAAAGUAUUUAAAUAAUUAUUCAGUAUAAUGGUAAUAAAACAUUUUCAAUUUAUAAUAACAAUAAAUCUAAUUGAUUGAUAUUAAUUUUGUAUAAAGUAUUUCUCAAACUUACAAUUAAUAGAUAAAGUAGAAAUAGAUUGAUAAUCUAAAUUUAUAAUGUAAAUUAGAUUAUGAGGAUAUGUAAUUACUAUUGAAUUUAAAAUAUUAGAAUGAAAAGAAUAUAUUACUUAUUAUCGAUCCUGAAAAUUUAUCUUAAGAAUACAUUUAAUAAUUUUAUCCAACUGCACUUGUAUGGAUAUUUAAUUUAAGCAAUAUUGUUGAAAUUAAGAGAAAUUAUUAAACUUAAUAAUGUUUUAUAAUAAAGGAUGUAAUUAUUGAAGACUUAUUAAAUUCUUAACAAUGGAGAUCAUUUAUUUUAUAAUUUUAAUAAUAAUAGGAAGCCAAGAUAUAUUUUAUUACUCAUUAAAUAAGACAUGAAAAUCGAGCUUAAUCUUUGUUAAGAACAAUUUAUUAUAAGAAAUAAGAUAAAGAAAUAGAAUCAUAUGCUUUAUUACACAUUUUACAAAAAGAAAAUCCUGAUAUAUUUGAUAAGUUGAUAUAAUAAUAUGAUGAAGAGAAUUUGACUUUGAUAAAUUUAGGGUCUCUUUUAGAUGAAGAUCGUCCAAUUAUGGAUCCAAAUUAUGAAUAAUAAUUAAGUCUAUUGAUUUCUUCAUAAUUUAAUAGUAUAAUUAACUUAGAUGUUAUAACCUAGAUUUAGUAAUUAAUAGAUUAAUAGGAAUAAUAGAAAUAAUAUAAUGGAUAAUUUAAAUUUGAGAUAUAUCAUCCUUUGAUGGUAAGAUUCUUAUUAAUUUACAAAGGAUUAUAACAAUCUUAUAUAUUUGAUCGUCGUUAUUAUAUAACAAUGUAAUAAUUAUUAGAUAAAUUGAUUUAAGUGAUGGAUUAAAUAAAAGGUGAUAGUUCUGAACGUUAUUGGAUAAUUAGUAAUCAUUUUACAUUGUAAUCAAUGCAUUUGAUAGAGAAAUAAUUUAGAUUAGAACAUCAUUUGUUAGUGAAAUUCAUUCUAUAUACUUAAAUAGAUUUAAGAAAUAGAACAAUUUCUAGUGAUCAAUUCUUAUAUAUAAUUGGAUAAUAAAUAUAAAAGGAUUUAAGUAAGUACCCAAAAAGUAUAACAGUUUCAUUCAUUAAAUAAGAUCAAUGGGAGGAAAUUAGAUAUAUAAUGAGCUUAUCACCAUCAUUUGAUGAUUUACAUUCUUAAAUAUCAAGAUAUCCAAAAGAUUGGUAGAAAUGGUUAGAUGAUACUAUUUAAAUGCCAAAUGAAUAUGAAGAAAAAUUAUAGAUAUUUGAAAAAUUAAUAAUGAUCAAGGCAUUUAAACCUAGACAUUUAAGAAGAUUUAUUAAUGAAUAUAUAAAAGAUAGAUCAAUGAGACACUCUACUUAAAUUAAAACGAAUAAAGAAUAUUAAUCUAGUGAAAAAUAAAUUAUUUAUGUGUCAUCCUAAUUAAAUAAGUUAGUAGAAGAUAUAAAUAUACCUAUUUAUAGAGGUUAAUAAGAACUUAAUCAACAAUACUUAUUUAUUAAUCUAUCACAUUAUCCUCUUAGUUUAUAAGAAUAAAUUAUUUAGAGCAAAUAUCCACAUUAAAUUAUAGAAAAUUUUGAAGAAGAUACUUUACUUGAUAAAACUUUAUUGAAUUGUUAGAAAUCCUUUUUAUAAUAUAAUGAACAAAUACGUCAGAAUAUUAAAAUGUAUAUACCUAAAGUAGAUGGUUAUACAAGUGAAUUGAAAAAGUUCACAUAUAGUUUAUGUUAUAUGCAUUUUUUUAUUAUUCAAAGAAAUUAACUAUUGAAUUUAAAUUCUCAAACAUAUACAUUAGCAGAUUUAAAUCUAAUUUUAAAAUUUAAUUUACCAUAUUUCAUUAACACAAAUACUAAUAGUAUGUUUAAAAUAAUAACAGAUGGAAUAUACAAUGUACCACCUGAAGAUAUAUUAACUAUAGAAAGUAUUAUUCAUAAACAUUGUAAUUAGUAAGUCAAUACUGAAAACUAUUAAUAUUUACAUUUUUAAACUCUUCCUAUUGGUAGUGAUGUUUGGUUAGAUGAAAUGAUUAAUCGUAUUCCAGAUACAAAUGAUACUUAUAGUAUUGGAUAUGGGCAUAACAAUUUUACUAUCUAUCAUUAGUAAAAUCAAUAAAUAAUAUAAUAAUUUUAAUAAUUAUAAACUAAUAACAAUCAUAGUAAUAGUAAUGCUAUUUUAAAUAUAAAUAAAACACCUCAAUUUAAAUUAGUUGAGCCUCUUACUUUGAUAAAAUUAGAGUAAAAAUUAACAAGAAAAUUUUCAUUCUAAAAAAAUGAUUCAAAACCAUUUUCUUAAUAUUAUCGAAAAACAGCUUUAAAUAUUAUAAACAAAAAUAAAUAAAACUUUUAAUAUAUAGAUGCAAUUGACCAAUAUAUAAAUAUUCAAAUCUAAAAGUAUAAUAUUCUGAUAAAAAUGUUAUCAAAUUACAUUAGUAUCAAUCCUGAUGAAUAUUAAUUAGCAUAUUGUCCAAUAGAAUUAUAUUAAUAUUUGUGGUAUAAACCAAAAUCUCGAUUGAUGUUAAAUAAUGUAGUGGAAAUGGUCAAUCAUAAUGUAAACCAAUUAAAAGCUUUAAGAGAUUAAUAAACUCGUAGAUAUUUUGAUUUGAGUUACCUGUACAUUCCAUAAGCAUUGUUAGAAUAUUUUAAAUUAUAAUUUAGUAGAAAGAAUGGGUUAAAUGCUUGGAAUCUAAAUAUUUAUACUGAUAUAUCAAAAUGCACAGAAAUUAAUCAUAUUUAAUAGUAAUAAUUGAAUGAUGGAUCUUAUUUACUUGGAGGAUUAGAAUGUUAGAAUUGUUAAUGGAAUAUGGAAAAACAUAAAUUAAUUGAAUGCGGUAAUUCAUUAUCUACUUCUAUUCCAUUCAUUCUGGUUUCAACUUUAGAAGGGGAAUAACCUUAAGAUUUAUAAAUUCCAAUUAUGGAUGAUAAUUAGAUCUUAAUGACAAUUGAAUUAUAAUCUGAUCUAGAUUAAGAUACAAUUAAUAUUAGAAAAGCUAGAAUAAUAAUCAAAGGUAGAUGA